ACCAACAGAAAACCUCGCAGCUAGCAGCAAGAUCUUAGCACAAACACCACAGCCCACAGGCUGAUUAAUCACUCCAAGACUAAUCAAACGAACGCUUAGCUAAUAGCGCGCGAUCUUUUUUCCCCCUCCCCCUCUUGAGUCUUGAGCGUGCGAGAAGAGAUGGCGCUGAACGGCGGCAAGACGACGUUGGUGCAGGACGAGGAGAAGCAGCAGCUUCUGCUGGAGAAGCACACCGAGAAGCACUUCACAGCGGGCGAGGUGGUCCGGGACAUCAUCAUCGGCGUCUCCGACGGCCUCACCGUGCCCUUCGCGCUCGCCGCGGGGCUGUCCGGCGCCAACGCCUCCUCCGCGCUCGUGCUCACCGCGGGGCUCGCCGAGGUCGCCGCCGGCGCCAUCUCCAUGGGGCUCGGAGGGUACCUGGCGGCGAAGAGCGAGGCUGACCACUACAACCGGGAGCUGCAGCGCGAGCAGGACGAGAUCGACACCGUCCCCGACGUCGAGGCCGCCGAGAUCGCCGACAUCCUGUCGCAGUACGGGCUGGGCCCGGAGGAGUACGGCCCCGUGGUGACCUCCCUCCGCAACAACCCCAAGGCGUGGCUGGAGUUCAUGAUGAAGUUCGAGCUCGGGCUGGAGAGGCCUGAGCCCCGGCGCGCGCUGGUGAGCGCCGCCACCAUCGCGCUGUCCUACGUCGCGGGCGGGCUGGUGCCGCUGCUCCCCUACAUGUUCGUGCCGGAGGCCGCGCGCGCCAUGGCCGUGUCCGUCGCCGUGACGCUCGCGGCGCUGCUCUUCUUCGGCUUCGUCAAGGGCCGCUUCACGGGCGACCGCCCCUUCUUCAGCGCCGUCCAGACCACCGUCGUCGGCGCGCUCGCCUCCGCCGCCGCCUUCGCCAUGGCCAGGGCCGUGCAGUCCAUAUGAAGACUGGUGUGAUGCAGCAAAAAUAGUGAAGCAGGCCGGUCGCCGCAUGCCCCAUAUCAAUCAUCACCGGCCGGCUAGGUUGGCGAGGGAAAAUAAGUGCAGCUCUAUAUGCAUACGUGGCUACGGUCACUGCUUCUUUGUUUGAUGGCUGCGUGGUGUACUAUUGUCAGAUGUGGAUUAUUAUUUAGGUCAAGUCGAUUCCAAACUGUGACCCGCUGGGCUUUGGAUC